AAACCUGCUAUGCGUACGCCAUUAACGUUCACAACUCCGGCAUAGCCUAGGUAGUAUAUAUUAGGCGCCACCCAACCGCCGUACGGAAGUUCUUGUAGGUAAUUGGAGGCCUCAUGAUUACCGCCUAUAAAUAUUGUAAGUAUAGGCGCUACUAGCUCGCCGCUGUAGUAUCUAAAAAUAAGAAUUAUAGAAUGUUAUGUUGCAAAUUUUGCGCGGUUAUGACUAACUUGUAAAAGGUACACAUAUCCAAGUACUUUUGCGGCACAGCCAUCGUCUGCAGAUCAUCGAGAUUGCGUGUAGCCUGAAAAUCACCACAGCAAAGCAACAAGUCUACUUUAAAGCCCUCUUCAUUUUCAAUGCUUUGAAUGGUUUCAUAGAUCUUUUCCAGCUCGCCAUGAGCACAGCCUUCCACUGCAACUUUCAUUUUUUCAACGUAUUAAGUAGACUUUUACUCAUUAAUUAAUGUUAUCUUUACGUGCUAUUUUUUACAAAAUAUAUAAACAAUAGUUGUUUACACUUCACCGGCCCUUUCUUUUCAGCACAUUCGAAAAGAUUCAAUUAUUCUUGCCAGAUUGCACACUUCGUUUUUCUAUUAAGUUCACAAUAAACAUUAAUUCAAAGCAGGUAUUUUUAUUCACAGCAGUUGUAAGAAGCGAAAUAUCUGUACGCAGCUUAUGUUGAACAUGCUUAUCGAAAUAUCUGAACGCGGCUAUAUUGAGCAUGCUACAUAUCAUAUGUUUGAGGGAAGCCGGUUGCAUCGAUGUGAACACAAUUAUAAUUUAAUAUUGCUAAAAUAUAAUUAAAAUUAAAUUUGUUGAAAACAUGAACUUUGCACGUCUUGUGUUUGCUAGAAGUGCUGGUGGCACAGCUUUGACACAGAGAGCAACAAGCGUCCUAUAUCGUCAAAUUAGCAUUGGUAACACACACUGUGCCGUACAGAAACCUCUGACGCAAUUUGAUCCAAAGCUGAAACGAUUCGAUCUAAAGUUUCCAACACCAUUGGCGCAUUGCCGUAAAGUCGCACAACAGGCCAGCGUUGGUGCUUCGGUUGCACAGGUUUUAAAGAAACGCACCGUACGCAAAAAAUGGGACGACCAUGGUUUUGAGAAUCUGUCUGCGGAAGGAUUUUUCAAUGUAUCAGCUUUUACGACUGCCGAAGAAUAUGAUAUGGAAGCAUUAAUGAAAGGCUUAAACGAACAAAAUUUGUACACUGUUAAAAAAUACUUUUCUACAGAUAAUCUCGGUGUAGAACAAAAUGUGCUUUAUGCUACAGCGAAGUAUCCUGUGGGCAAAGAAACACGUGAUAUUAUAUUCUUCCGUGAAGGUUCAGUAGCGUUGUGGAAUUUCAACGAAAUCGAAACAAAUAAUUUGCUGUCAUUUUUGCGUCCAUACGAGAAGGAUCCAUACUUAAGUCCGUUAGUGCGUGGCGAAAGCGAGGUGAUGCCCUACAUGUACAUUCCAUCAUCUGCCGUUGAUGUUGAAGGUGAUUUGGUGUCCACAUCAGAUACAGAAGUGGCACGUGCUUUCUUCCAUAAUGGAAAGUUUUUUCUUGCCUCUGAUGGUGAUAAUUUUUUGCAAAAAUACACAUUCUCCGAUGCAAUGGCAACUUCAAUAAAGCUGGGCAUGUGGGAGGCUAUGCUCGACCGAUAUGUGGACUCCAUUGAAUAUCUCACAGACGAUCUAAAACGGGGGCGACGCAUACGAAUGUCAAGAGCUGAGGUAUUACGAAAAACUGGCGAAUUAUUCGCUUUGAGACACGAGAUAAACUUGGCAUCCGAUUUGCUAGACACGCCAGAUUUUUAUUGGGAUCGCGAAGAGUUGGAAGCCUUAUACUUGCAAGUUUGCUCUUAUUUCAGUAUUUCACGACGUACAAAGGUGAUGAAUGAGAAGAUAAAUCAUUGUGUAGAAUUGGCAGAAUUGAUAUCGCACAAUUUGGAUGAGGCGCAUCACACUCGCCUGGAAUGGAUGAUUAUUAUAUUGAUUAUGGUAGAAGUAGGUUUUGAAAUUGUGCAUUACAUGGACCGUUUUUAUAACAAAGAUGAAGAGCGUACAACUUUGGCACAUUGAUAAAAGCAAAUACCAGAAAACGCAUUUAAAAUCAAAACCAAAACAACUGUUGAUUACGCUUUGCUAGGCAAAUAAAGUUUAGUGUUCUGUUUUACAAAAUUGUUUUGUCCAACACCUGUACCGUGUGAUAUUUUUUAGAGUUUCUAACUAAUUAUCUGCAAAUAUUGUUAGUAAGUUUGUAUAAAAUAAAAACACAAUUUUCGAUACUUGGCUCUCGUUUCUUCAUUCACAAUACAAUUAGUUACGCAAUUGAACACACUUCUCUUAAGUCAACAGCGUGCAGUAUGUUUAAUGAUACAUGAGAAUCAGCUGUUUUAAUUUUCGGCUCGUGCAAGUGCGACAGCUUAAAAAUAAAAUAUAAUAAUAUAGCGUUCUGAAAUACUUAUAAAAAUGCAAUUAACAUUAAUUAACUUCUUCAAGAAAACCGUGCCAGGACAUAUUUUUCGAGGCAAGCGCCGACUCAUAAAACCGGUGAGUAAACGCGCAAUUGAAACACUUCGUCGUGAUUACGAAAGGCAGGAGCAAAAUAUGUUAUGGUUGCGACACCCAUAUUUAACAGUGGAGGAGUCAACGGGUCAUGCCAAAGAGUUGGGAAAGACCGAAGCUAAGUUGGCGAUGUGGAACGACCGACGCACACUAACCAAAAUGAAACCGCACAUAACCAUUGAGGAGCGACUUGCACAUUUAAAAGUAAAAGAGGCCUGGGAAUAAAAUUAUGCAUUAUUUACUAUUAAUUACUAUAUUAAAUAAAAUAUUAUAUUCAAAAAAUUUAUCUGAUAAAUGAGCCAACUUUUAAUAUCGUUUGACGUUUGCAAGUAAAUUAACUAGGCACACCGUGAA